AGAGUAGCAGCAGCGGCAACAGCAACAGCAGCAGCAGAGGCGGCCAGCGAAGCUACUAUUGGUCGGGUGAAGCGAAGAGUGGCACUAGUAUCAUGUCGUUGGUGAAAGGCAGCAGAGAUAAGAACCGUCCAAGCCAAGCCAGUAGUAGCAGCAGCAGCAGCAGCAGCAGCAACAACAAUAGUAGCGGCGGCGGCGGCAGCAGCAGUACAAGGAAAGCCAUGCCCGACUCACUGAUAACUAUAAACACCAGAAUGGAGGAGAUGUGUGUGAGGGAGUUUGACGAGAACCUCAUGCAGUACACCUUUACCUGUACAAUAUGUUCGUACCGAAGCACCAAUCGGACUACCUUCAACUCCCAUACUUACUCACACAAACCCCCUGCUUUCAAAUGUGGUUACUGUCCUUUCCGAGCUAAUCCCAGAUGUCGAGUGACAGCUCAUAUUCGGAAAUAUCACAAAGAGCCUUUGAUUAAAAUUAUCAAUCUGUCCAGCACGCCAAAGAGAGCGAUCGAUAAGGUGCCAUCGCUUACCAAAGAGGAGGCCACAGCUUUGGCGCAGCAGCGGAAACUGAAGAUUCUAGAGAAGAGCAAAGAUCUGGAGAACAAUGAGGAAGAGCCAUUGACCAGUGGCACCGAUGCAUGCAAGAGUGACAAGAUCAACAACAACAGCAACAAAAAUAAUAACAAGAAUAACAAUAAUAACAAUGAUAAUAAUAAUAAUAAUAAUAAUAAUAAUAAUAGCAGCAACGGUAAUGCUAUUGGUAAAAAUAACAGCAACAUGAUGAUGAUGAUGAUGAAGAAGAAGAAAAAGAAAAAGAACACUAACAGUAACACCACCACCACCACCACCAACACCAACACCAACAACAACAACAACAAUGAUGUAACUAGCAUUGGAAGUGACAAUGAGAGUGAUGGGCUAAGUGAUAGCAGCCUCGAAGAGUUUGGCCCAGGACCAUACGGAAUGGACUACGAUGACGAUGAAGAGUUCGACAACAGUCUAGACGGUUCCGACCACGAGGAAGAAGACGAAGACCUGUACUCAUCGUUGACAUUCUGCUGCAAUGCCUGCUCGUUCCAGACGAAUGAUAUCGACCGCUUCACAAAGCACACUUCGUUACACAACUUCUUCACACACGGCAUGAAGGUCGCCUGCAUGGACUGUCCGUUCAGCACCAACCAAAUUGUCCAGUACGAGGAGCACAUAAGCCGCCACAUCGAGGGCUUCCUCUUCUACUGCGGCUGCUGCUCGUUUUCAUCGGUCGAGGAGCAAGAGGUGCGCGAGCACAGCCUGAAAAAGCACCCUGAUCGCGUGAUCAGUAUUGAGAUUUCGCCAUCACCACCAUCUAGUCUCUCCACCAAAUGGUCACCGGUUGACCUCGAUCCAUUUGUUGAGCUCACCGACUUCCUCGCCAUGGAUUGCGAGCGGUUCUACAACCUAAUCUCCCAUCACGGCGUGACGAUGGUCGACCUGAAGUCGACGGCCGUCUCCUACGAGGACCUGAAUGUGAAAUCCAGCUCGGAGGACGAAGAUGACAUAGACGGCAUAGAUGAUGGUGAUGAUGAAGAAGAAGACGAGGAAGGGAGAGUGUCGAGCGGAUGUGAUUUAGAAUCAUUGUUGGACGAUGUCGAUGAAAACGACGGUGGUGCUAACGGCGAGAAGAGAGUCAAGGAGAAAGUGAAGUCAAAAGUCAAAAGUACGUCAAAUGUGGAGGACGAUGUUGCUAUGGAAACUGAGGUCCAUGAAGGUGACGGUGACCUGGUAUUGCCAACAUCACACAAAGAUCUGAAGACUAAGGACUUAGAGAACGAGACAUCCCCUACAAUAACAAGCUACGACUUCAAAGAGUCUGAAAAUAAAAGCAAUGGCCAUAGAGACACCUCUGACCGAGAGGACCAAGUCGAUGAUGUUGAUGUUGAUGAUGUUGGAAGUGAUGGUCAUGGUGGUGGUGGUGGUGGUGAUGGUGGUGGGGAUGACAAUGAUGGUCAGAAUAUUAACGAUGGUGUUGAUGAUGAUGAUGAUGAUCGUGAUAAUGUUGAUGGUAGUGUUGUCGGAGACGAUGAAGAUGAGGAUGCUGUCCUUAAUGAUCCUGACCGUGAUGGUCAUCGUCAAGAUUAUAGUGCUGACGCUUAUGGUGAUGACGACGAUGACAAUGUUAUUGACGGCGGUGAUGGCAUCGAUGAUGACAUUGAUGACGAUGACGACGAUGAUGAUGAUAUCAGUUUAGUGAGCAUGGUCCGCGACAAGAGGCAUAAGAUUAAUUUGAACCCCUCAUCACCGGUAGACAACUUGAAGCAGCAUUUAUUACCACCACAAUCACCACCACCACCACCACCACAGCUGGCCCACAGUGGGAACGAUAACGAUGAUGAUGUUGUUGAUAUUAAUGAUGAUAACGACGAAGGUGUUGAAGCUGAUAAUGAUGACGACGAUGACGAGGACGAUGACGUCCUCACCCGUCGCAUUGAUUCUGCCUGUGUGGUUGGUGAUGGUAAGAGUGGGAAAGAUGGUGUUUUCAGGAUCUGCAAUGAUGACGACGACGAUGACGACGAUGAUGACGAUGACGACGAAGAAGAAGAGUUUGAUGCCAUCGUCAACAAAAAGAAAAGAGAGAACAUGAUGAAGAGGAAGAAAAAGCAGAACAGCAAAAACAAGAUGAAUGACCUCGAGACGGACGAUGACGAUGACAACAUCGUUGACAAUAAUGGCGGCGAUCAUAACGAUUAUGAUGAUGAUGAUGAUGUUGAUGUUGAAAUGAAAACUGUAAAUAACAAUGACAACAACAUUGAGGAUAUUGGCAUCACCGGCAAUGUGUAUGUCAAUGACGAUGAAGACGACGAUGACGACGCCAUCGAUGUUGAUAACGAUGACAGCAAUGUCGAGGAUAUUGACGACGACGACGACGAUGACGACGACGCUAACAACUCCGACCUCAAAUUCACAUUUAAAAAAAUCGGUCACAGGGAAAGCGUGAUCGAAACAAAUCUGGCGCAGGGAUUAAUAAACUCAGACGACCACGAAGAUGAUGACGACGACGAUGACGAUGAUGGUGAUGGUGAUGGUGAUGAUGAUGGUGAUGACAAUGAUGAGGAUGAUGUUUACGACGAUUAUGAUGACUCGCUGUCCUUCGGUACAGGUGAGUUGGAAAAGAAGAGCAGCUAUUUCAAGAGAAAAUCUUCUCGGAACUCUCGAAACACUAAUAACAUUGGUAAAGUAGAUUUAUCCUCGUCCGUUUCUAAAGAGACAGACUGUGGCGGUGGCAACAACACUCGGAGUUGAGUGUCGACUCUGAGUUCAAAGGCAUUGUUUUACUCAAAAUAGAUUGUAUACACAUAUACACUCAUUCAACAUUAACACGAAUACAAAGUAUGUAUACACACAUAUGUAUAAAUAUAAUUAUAUAUAUAUAUAUAUAUAUAUAUACACACACACACACACACACACACACACA